AUGGCACCGAUUCCGAUCACCAUCAUCACGGGCUUCCUCGGCUCCGGAAAGACAACCCUCAUCCUCAACCUCAUCCCCCAACUCCGCGCCCAGAACCCAGACUACAAGCUCGCCCUCCUCAAGAACGAGUUUGGCGACCUCGCCGUCGACUCGCAGCUCGCCGCCAACUCGGCCAUCUCGGGUGUGCAGGAGCUCCUCAACGGGUGCAUCUGCUGCAACCUCGUCGGACAGCUGGGCCCCGCACUCAAGGAGCUCGAGGAGAGCGUUCGUCCGGAUCGUAUCGUUAUUGAGACGAGCGGUUCUGCGUUUCCAGCUACGCUUGCUCUUGAGGUUAACAGACUUGCUCGCGACUCGGGCAAGUAUAUUCUCGAUGGUGUCAUUAGUGUUAUCGAUGUCGAGAACUGGCAGGGGUACGAGGAUACAAGCUACACGGCCCGCAUCCAGGCGCGAUACACGGAUCUGAUCGUCUUCAACAAGUGGGAGAACGCCGGCGAGCUGCGAUACGAUGAGUGCCUCGAUCGAGUCGGCGAUCUCGAGGUGGACGUGGCAAAGGUCAAGAGCGACAAGGGCUGCGUGGCUAUGGACCUAGUCUUUGGUGUCGACGGAGGCCUCGCACAGGAGUUGACUGAAGCAGAGGUCAACCAGACCAACGGCCACAGCCACAACCACUCCAACGGCGACAAGACCAACGGACACUCGCAUACCCACCAGAACGAAGUCGAAGUUCUCUCCAUCGAGCUCAAGGCCGAAGACCCCUCAGCACGCAUCUCCACCGACAAGCUCAUCGCCUUCCUCUCAUCCGCGCCCAAGGAUGAGGCCUACCGCAUCAAGGCCCUCAUCACGCUCUCGUCAACCCCCACAAACUCAGACCCGGACAUCCCCAAGCCCGAGGAUAGCGCUUCCGGGAGAUACAUCCUCAACUGGGCUUUUGGCCGCUGGACUUUCACACCCGUCGCCGAGGCUCUGCAGGAGCACGACUCAAGCAGCGACGUCACGCUGCGCAUGACCAUGAUCCUCGCUCGAUAUGAGAGCGGCAAGUGGAAGAAGAAGCUGGAGACGGGUAAUUUUAUUCAGCUUGAGGGAGGCGACGCUAGUGGUUUGACUGUUAAGAGGAUACUAUAG